AUGGUUUCUGAUGCAAUCCCCUUCCUUGGCUGGUUGGACACUGUGAGAGGAUAUACGGCAAAAAUGAAGAGAACAGCUAGGGAGGUGGAUCAGGUGCAGGGAAGCUGGGUGGAGGAGCAUCGCCGGAAGAGGUUCUCUGGAAGCAUGAACGAGGCUGAGCAAGACUUCAACCAUGUCAUGCUGUCUGUUAUUGAGGAUGGUCAGUUCUCUGAUCAUGACCAUGACACUGUCAUUAACGCUACUUGCUUGACUCUAAUAAUAGGCGGCUCUGAUUCAACGGUGAUCACACUGACCUGGGCCCUCUGUCCGCUAAUGAACAAUCCCAGCACUCUAAAAAGAGCACAAGAUGAGUUAGACAUCAAAGUGGGAAAGCAUCGCCAAGUGGAUGAGUCAGACAUAAAGAACCUAGUCUACUUGCAAGCCAUCAUCAAGGAAACCUUACGACUGUACCCUGCUGCACCGCUUUCAGUGCCACGUGAGGCCAUGGAGGAUUGCACCAUGGCAGGCUUCCACAUCCAAGCUGGGACGCGCCUUUUGGUUAACCUCUGGAAGUUGUACAAGAACCCCAGAAUUUGGUCGGAUCCUUUGGAGUUCCAACCUGAGAGGUUCCUAACGAAGCAUGUGGAUUUGGAUGUUAGGGGUCAAAAUUUUGAAUUUCUGCCAUUUGGGUCAGGCAGAAGGGUAUGCCCAGGAAUCUCAUUUGCGCUUGAGCCUCAAGAGAUCACAGUUUUUGGGCUUCUUGCUACAAUCUGUCUGUUGUUGGAAACAGCACUUAAUGCCAAAAGGAACAAGAUCAAGGAAGGCAAAAGGCCACCAGAGCCGUCCUGA